GACUAUUAACAAAGAUCUCAAUGAAUACUGCUUCCACACCUCACGGAGUGCUUUGUCAAAGUUUAUUCUGAGUUUAACCAUUAAUUCCAGAGGCUAUUGACGAGGGCUAUUCAGGGAGACAGAUUGUAGUAGCAGAGAGAAAGGCAGAAAGAAAACAACCAUGUCAGACGUUGGGGAAAUCAUCAAAGCUCUCAAUGAUUUUGGAAGGUUCCAGCGUUGGCUGGUGUUGAUGAUCACUGUAACCACACCUGUCAUUGGUUUUCAUAUGUUCAGCCAAUUAUUCAUGGUAAUUCCGGUGUCUCAUUACUGCAACACGAGCUGGUUGGACACCAUCAGCUUGAACUUGACCGAAGAGGAGCAGCUGAAUUUGACCAUUCCCCGAAAACCUGAUGGGACCUUAGAACAAUGUCUCAUGUAUACUCCCGUGGACAGCAACCUCGAGACCAUCCUGCAAUCUGGAUUGAAUUCAACAGAGAAGUGCCAAGAUGGAUGGAUCUAUCCUUCUAAGCCAAAACCUUCUCUGGUUACCCAGUUCAACCUCGUAUGCGACAGGAAGGAUUUAAUUGAUAUCUCACAGUCCAUCUUCAUGUCGGGCCUCCUUGUUGGAGCAAUGGUGUUGGGGCCGUUAAGUGACUGGUAUGGCCGACGACCCAUUGCCUUGUUUUCUCUGUUCCUUGAAGGAGUGUCUGGAGUUGCUGCAGCCUUUGUCCCCAAUUUCUACCUCUACUGUGCACUCCGAUUUCUGCUGGGGGCUGCUCUUUCUGGAAUCACAAUAAGCAGCGUAGCUCUGUGCACUGAAUGGGUUGGAGUUGCCUAUCGUCCGCACACCAUUAUCAUCACUCAUGUGACCUUUGCUUCUGGACAGAUGAUCCUGGCUGGCUUAGCUUAUGGCCUUCAGGACUGGCGGCAUCUUCAGAUUGCUGGCUCUGCCCCAAUUUUUAUUUUUUUUUUCUACAUAUGGGUCCUUCCUGAGUCCGCUCGGUGGCUUGUGACAAAAGGGAAGAUAGAGGAAGCUAAAAAGCUCCUCCAAAAAGCAGCCUCUGUGAACAAACGAACCAUCCCUCUGAAACUGUUAGAGCAGCUGAAACCUGAAAAGAAAACCAAAUCAGCAACAGUUUUGGAUCUCCUCAGGAAUCCCCAUUUAGCGAAGACAACUCUCGUAAUUUCCUCACUCUGGUUUGUCAAUAGUUUGGCCUACUAUGGAUUAAGCCUGAAUGUUGGUAGCUUCGGCUUGAAUAUCUACUUGACACAAGUCAUCUUUGGGGCUGUUGAAAUCCCAGCCCGGAUCUUUUGCAUCUUCCUUAUGCAGUGGUUGGGGAGGAAGAAAUGUCAAUGUUUUUGUCUCCUCCUUGGGGGAACCGUUUCUCUUCUGAUCACCGCCGUUCCCAAAGAUUUGCCUGUGGUGAUGACAAUGCUAGCUGUCCUUGGAAAGUUCACCAUGGCGGGAUCCUUUUCAACAUCCUAUGUGUAUUCUGCAGAGCUGUUCCCAACUGUUAUCCGGCAGACUGGACUUGGAGUAUGCCAGAUGACAUCCAGGGUGGCUGGAAUAAUCUCCCCAUUGGUUGGUCUCCUGGGGAAAUAUCACACCUCUCUCCCCGUGGCGACCUUCGGAAGUGCAGCCGUCCUUGGUGGAAUCUUUUCUCUCCUUCUUCCAGAGACCCUUGGCAAAGAACUUCCCGAUCAUGUGGAUGAUUUGGCCCACAAACCAAGGCAGAGCCAAGCAGCCAACAGCAGCGUGGAAAAUGGAUGUGCAAAACCAAAUAAAAACAAUAGCAUUAGUGGAACGAUAACAGCCACACGUUUCUAAGCUGGUGCCAGGACUGAUCCAGUGUGUCAAGGAUAAAGAUUGGAGAAAACCUGGUAGAUUUCUCUGUACUGUGAGCAGAGUGGGUUAAGCAAAGUGACUGUCUUUUACACAUUAGGCUAAAACAUAACAUGGUUAUGUGGUUUGGCUUAACGUGUUCCAUGAAUCUAACCUGUGUGGACUGUAAGUUGUGUCUUAGGCCAUAAAAUGAUGGAUAAGAUCAGCCAAUGUUGGUUUAGUCAAGGAACCGUGGUUUAGCAUAAUGUGCGCACCAGGAUAUCAAGUACACCAGUUGCCUUCAAUGGGACUUCUUUUGCUAAUAAUGAUUAAUCUAUCCUCUUGGACCUAUUCUUAAUGUAGUGCCAAUUCACUAAUCUUCUUUAAAGCUUUUUUUUUAGUUAGUUAGUUUGGAUUGUUAGUUAGUUUUUUUUAAAGGAAAUCAGUUUAAACUCUGGUUAGUUUAUAAUUCAGUGAGUUAAUUCUGUAACCACAUGCAAGACAGAGAGGAAAAAAUGAAUCAGGGUUAACUCUAUCCAGUUUUAGAGAGUUGUGAAAAUACAGCCAGUGAUUCUCUAGGAUUCAGAAAUCCUUUCUAUCCUGGAGACUGAACCUGGUGCCCUGGCAUGAGAUGUAUCUACUCUACCUUUAAAGUCUGUACCACAUGAAAACCAAAUAUGCAAUUAGCAAUUGUGUGGUUGUUUUUAAAGGAAAUUGUAGGCGAGGACCUCUUGUUCUGGAAUGGGACCAAGGGCUUUAACUUUGCCCCCUCCUCCAGAUGAUCUCAGUCCAAAUUGUCACCAUUCCACACCAGCAAUUUACUUUUUGUUCCUGACUUUGGUUUGGAAGAAGUUUGGAAACUUUUUUUUUAAGGAAGAGGUUGGUUGUGCUCUUGAGUUGUUUGUUCUACAGGUCUGCCACACCCAAAUCUCUGGAAGUUCUUUGAUUCUCCUAAAUAAGGCUUCCUUUGGAAAAAAAACCAUUUCUUCAAAAAGAAAGGUUGGUGUCGUGAGUGCCAACAAAAUUGAAGCCAAGAAAUGCAAAUGUUAAGAAGGAGGAGGAGGAGGAGUAUUUAGGGCAGAAAUAUCAAAACGAUAUAAAAAAAAAAUGCUUUGGUUGCUCAUCCCCCCCAAGCUAAGGGGGCAACCCACAUAAAAAGCAGCCCAUGGAAAAUUGAAUAUGCUCAGUAGCUUUCAGUUAAAACAGAAGAUGGACAAGGAGGAGAUAUAUAAAAUGGGGCUGGGAAUCCUCAGGCAAUGGUAUUGAGUGUUACAAUAAAAGUAUUACAAAUAUA